AGGAAAGCUCAUUUUGAGUUCGCAAAGUUCCCGAAACAAAAAGCAAAAUGAAGUUCUUAUUGGUCCUCACAUUGGCUGUACUAAUUGCCCACGUGGCGGUGGCUCAAGUAACGACCGAUCCUGAUUAUGAAUACGCUGAGGACUCGGCUGAUGGUUCCAACACUGGCGUAGAAGAGAGCGGAGAUGGCGACGACACUGACGGCGGUUCUGAUGAUACUGAAGAUGAUUAUGAAUCGGAAGCCACCCCAGUUGCCCCCACGCCAAAGCCAAAAACCCAAAACAAGCCCAAGCAAAAUGCUGCCGCCAAAAAGAACAACAACAAGAACAACAGGAGGAACAAGGUGGCACCCAGGCGUCGCGCUGCAGCGGCCAAAAGGCAGCAGCAGGCCAAGAAGCAGGCCGCUGCCAAGAGGCGCACACCUGUUGCAGCCAAGAAGCGGACCAACGCUGCUGCUGCCAAAAAUCGCAGGCGCUCUGGUUAAACAUUUCAAUGCAAAUAAUAAUUGAAUCAUCUAAAUAAAAACUUACUGAGAAAUCGUUCCACGUUCUCCAGCAUAAA